AUGUACGCCAUCGCCCUCCUGACCUCCGUGCUCCUCGCCUCUACGGCCGUGGCCGCGCCCUCCCGCCUCGCUCAGCGCGUCGCCGCCCGCCGCUCUGGCACCCACCUGACGCGCCCCCUCCAGGUAGUCGACUCCUCCUUCACGAGCAACUCCUCGCACCCCCAGUACAGCUCCAACUGGGCCGGCGCCGUGUACGACUCUUACCCCUCGGGCUCGUUCACCGCUGUCACCGGGACGUUCACCGUCCCGACGCCCUCCGCGGGCUCGGGCAGCAACGACUCCUACUCCGCGUCCGCCUGGGUCGGCAUUGACGGCGACACCUGCAGCACCGCGAUCCUCCAGACCGGCGUCGACUUCACCACCUCCGGCGGCUCCGUUUCGUACGAUGCCUGGUACGAGUGGUACCCCGAUUACGCCUACGAUUUCUCCGGCAUCUCCUUCAGCGCGGGCGACGUCGUCACCGUCACCGUCACCGCGGCGAGCACGACGAGCGGGACGGCGGUGAUCGAGAACACGACCACGGGGCAGCGCGUCUCGCAGGACAUCACGUCCUCGUCCGCGCUCUGCGAGGAGAACGCGGAGUGGAUCGUCGAGGACUACGAGGAGAACGGCGGGCUCGUGCCCUUCGCCAACUUCGGCACCGUCACCUUCAGCGGCGCCGCGGCCACCACGAGCUCUGGCUCCGUCGGCCCGGGCAACGCGACCAUCAUCGACAUCCAGCAGAGCGGCACCACCUAUACGGAUGUGUCCGUCGACUCGAGCUCUGUCACGGUGAAGUACGUCUGA